AUGUAUUUCCACUAUGCACUGUGGCUUUGGAUUGCUCUUUGCCUCGGUGACUCUGGAGUGCAGCACGCCUGUCAGGAAAUCUGCUUCUGCAAACAGGGGACCCUCUUUGUGAACUGUUCAGGGGCCAGUGUAAGCGCUGAUCUGAUUUUGCCCCCCGAGACAGAACAUCUGGAUCUGUCAAACAGCAACUUGCAUUCUGUACCAAGGAGAGGCCUGAGACUGCUGCGGAGGUUGCAGGUUCUCCUUCUGAGCAGCAACCACAUCAGCGGAAUGGAACAGAGCCCGUUCAUCUCCCUGCAGAGACUCCAUAAGCUUGAUAUCUGUAAAAAUGAGAUCGCAUCCCUUGGAAACAGUUUUUCAGUGGGGCUUAUUUUUCUCUAUGAACUCACUUUGGCCUACAAUAGGCUGCAAGAACUGCAAUACCAGAGUUUCCAGCACUUUGAGAAUCUUCAGAAACUGAACCUGCAGAACAAUAACAUCUCCUCUAUACAGGCAGGUGCUUUUCGCAGCCUGACUCGCUUGAGGCAGCUUUGCCUGCAGCACAACCACCUCGCCACCCUGCAGAGCGGAGUUUUCUCAGUGCUGCAGCACUUGGAGGUUUUGAACUUAGAGGGCAACUGGAUCAAAGCCAUCGCGCCGGGAGUCUUUGCUUCUCUGAGCAGGCUCACCGUACUUAACUUGGUCCACAACAGAAUUGAACGCAUCCGAUUCAAAACGUUGCUAGCCCUUCAGACGCCUGGAACUCGCAUCUUCCUCACACACAACCCAUGGUACUGUGACUGCGACCUCCAGAGAGUCUUUGCAAAGCUGCACAGCGUCAGGAGCCUGAUUUUGGACGACUAUCCGAAUGUGACGUGCAAUGAACCUCCCGUGCUCAGAAGUCUCCCACUGCUGUCUGUCGAAACGCAGCUGUGCAUCGCCGAGACGGUGACGGUCCUUGUCAUAACGGCCACCGUCUGCAUCACGGUGGUAGCUGCCAUUGUGAUGGCCGAAAGAAACAGGAAAAAGCGGACAGGGAAGCACUGGAGCGAGGACAGCGAGGUCUCCUACCACAUCGCUCACUGA